AUGUUGGAAGUCGUGACACUUUUACCCAACACCCCGACAGCACUCGAUGAGCAGGCUCUCUACACCACUCUUGUUGACCCCAUAUCAUCAUACCACACUCAAGAGCAGGCUCUCUACACCACUCUUGUUGACCCCAUAUCAUCAUACCACACUCAAGAGCAGGCUCUCUACACCACUCUUGUUGACCCCAUAUCAUCAUACCACACUCAAGAGCAGGCUCUCUACACCACUCUUGUUGACCCCAUAUCAUCAUACCACACUCAAGAGCAGGCUCUCUACACCACUCUUGUUGACCCCAUAUCAUCAUACCACACUCAAGAGCAGGCUCUCUACACCACUCUUGUUGACCCCAUAUCAUCAUACCACACUCAAGAGCAGGCUCUCUACACCACUCUUGUUGACCCCAUAUCAUCAUACCACACUCAAGAGCAGGCUCUCUACACCACUCUUGUUGACCCCAUAUCAUCAUACCACACUCAAGAGCAGGCUCUCUACACCACUCUUGUUGACCCCAUAUCAUCAUACCACACUCAAGAGCAGGCUCUCUACACCACUCUUGUUGACCCCAUAUCAUCAUACCACACUCAAGAGCAGGCUCUCUACACCACUCUUGUUGACCCCAUAUCAUCAUACCACACUCAAGAGCAGGCUCUCUACACCACUCUUGUUGACCCCAUAUCAUCAUACCACACUCAAGAGCAGGCUCUCUACACCACUCUUGUUGACCCCAUAUCAUCAUACCACACUCAAGAGCAGGCUCUCUACACCACUCUUGUUGACCCCAUAUCAUCAUACCACACUCAAGAGCAGGCUCUCUACACCACUCUUGUUGACCCCAUAUCAUCAUACCACACUCAAGAGCAGGCUCUCUACACCACUCUUGUUGACCCCAUAUCAUCAUACCACACUCAAGAGCAGGCUCUCUACACCACUCUUGUUGACCCCAUAUCAUCAUACCACACUCAAGAGCAGGCUCUCUACACCACUCUUGUUGACCCCAUAUCAUCAUACCACACUCAAGAGCAGGCUCUCUACACCACUCUUGUUGACCCCAUAUCAUCAUACCACACUCAAGAGCAGGCUCUCUACACCACUCUUGUUGACCCCAUAUCAUCAUACCACACUCAAGAGCAGGCUCUCUACACCACUCUUGUUGACCCCAUAUCAUCAUACCACACUCAAGAGCAGGCUCUCUACACCACUCUUGUUGACCCCAUAUCAUCAUACCACACUCAAGAGCAG